AUGCAUACCAUCCACCUCGCGAUCCUGGCGCUCGCUAGCCGUGCUCUAGCACAUGGCGACCACGGUCAGAAGCCCAUUGUGGACGAGACUGCCGACUGGAUGACAAAACACAUGGCUGAGGAACAUCACAUUGAUGGCUGGGACUCUGCCUCUUUCUUUACACUGCACGACUACAACAGCGAUGGCGUCUGGCAAGGCGACGAGAUCCUCCGAACAUACGGCCUCUUUGACGAGUCGAAUCACCACGUUUCCGAGGAGACGCGCUUCAAUAUCCUGCACAAAGUGAUGGAGCUACUUGAUCACAACCAUGAUGGACACGUCAGCCGUGAGGAGUGGGAGGAAUUCAUCCACGCCGGCAAGACGCUUCCGGACGUUGGCAUGGGACCGGGACACCACGGCGACGAUGAGUACGAGUACGAGAUUCACCAUUGGGAAAAGUAUCAUGACGAAAACACAAAGCUCGAGGAUCUUACCCAUCCCGAGGAUAUUGAGCACUUCAAGAAGCACGAGCAGAUGGAGGACGAGCAAGAGAGGUUAGAGCAGCUUGACCAGAUGGCCGUUGUCGAGGAGAACAUCCCGCACAAGUUCAUGCGGUCAUAG